AUGAACAAACCCGAACCUGGACAAGAUAUGUAUCAAGCCAAUGAUGGUAAAUGGUAUCCACGAGCACAAAUGCCACAGAAUUGGCAACAGGGUCAACAAAGUUAUUCCUACCACUUAACGGUACAUGAAGGUUACAAACAGGUCAGAGGGGUAGAAGGAGGAAAGCGAAUGAAGAAGGGAUUAAGGAAUGAGUCGAUCUUGCUAAUAUUCAGAGGUCCACAACAAGGGAUGAACCAACCAUAUGGUUAUGGACAAUCUUCGAAUCCUUAUGGACAACAACCAUAUGGGUAUGGUCAACAACCUACCCAAGUUCAUUAUGUUCAAGAUAGAGGAUAUGGUGGUGGAUCUGGAGUUGGAGGAGCUGGUUGUUUAGCCGCACUUUGUGCAGGUUUACUCUGUUUCGACCUCGGCGCAUGUCUGUUCUGA